AUGGACGGAAGUGGCGCUUACAACCCUCGCACCGUGGAGGAGGUGUUUAGGGAUUUCAAAGGUCGUAGGGCUGGCAUGAUUAAGGCUUUAACCACUGAUGUUCAGGAGUUUUACCGACUUUGCGAUCCCGACAAGGAGAACCUGUGCCUUUACGGGCACCCGAAUGAGACCUGGGAAGUGAAUUUACCAGCUGAGGAGGUUCCCCCGGAGCUACCAGAGCCUGUCUUGGGCAUCAACUUUGCCAGAGAUGGGAUGCAGGAAAAGGAUUGGCUGUCCCUUGUUGCCGUGCACAGUGAUGCAUGGCUUCUUGCUGUUGCCUUCUUUUUUGGGGCCAGGUUUGGUUUUGACAAAGCUGAUAGGAAAAGGCUUUUCAACAUGGUGAAUGACCUCCCAACAAUUUUCGAGGUUGUUGCUGGCACUGCAAAGAAACAAGCCAAGGAUAAGUCCUCUGUUUCCAACAACAGCAGCAACAAGUCCAAAUCAAACUCCAAGCGGGGAUCAGAGACGCGCCCGCCCAAGUUCACAAAGCCGGAGCCGAAAGAGGAAGAGGAAGAGGAAGGAGCUGAAGAGGAUGAAGAUGAUGAGCAAGGUGAGACACAGUGUGGGGCAUGUGGUGAGAGCUACGCCGCCGAUGAGUUCUGGAUCUGCUGCGACCUGUGUGAGAACUGGUUCCAUGGCAAGUGUGUGAAGAUCACACCAGCCAGGGCUGAGCACAUCAAGCAGUAUAAGUGCCCAUCUUGCAGCAACAAGAGGGCUCGGUCCUAA